CAGUCUGGAGACAAUAUUCAGUAAUCAGCACGCUUUUACAACUUGCUCUAUCCUCCGAAACCUGUAACAAACCAAAAAGUCAACAUGAAAUUCCUCGUGAUUGUCUUCUUCAUCUGUCUCGUUGGUGCUCUGGCCCAAGAGUUGACUGACGCCCAAAAGCAGAAACUCAGGGAGCACAGAGAUGCUUGCGUGACGGAGACAGGUGCUGACAGAGCUGACGUUGAUAAGGCCUAUAAGGGCGAAUGGGCUGACAACCCUAAACUCCGUUGUUUCACCCUGUGUAUGAUGAAGAAAGUGGGCAUGAUGAACGAUGAUGGUGUAUUGGAUGAAACCAUAACCCGGCAGAGAAUGGCCUUGAAGUUGAAGCCCGAGAAGGUCGAUGAAAUCUGGACCAAGUGCAAAGAUUUAAAGGGUACUACAGCUUGUGAUACUGCAUAUAUGAUGAUGAAGUGCUACACCGAAAACAGAGCAAUCACCGUCUAAAAUUCAUGCUAAUUUCCUACUAUGUGAACACCUAUGAUUUUAUUGAAUUUCAUCAAGUGCAUAUAAACUAAUUUGUUGAAUAGAUUAUCUGGAUCUCUAAGUUCUUUAUGUCUCAUGCCUCAAUUUAUCGAAAUACAAUGCUUUUUUUUAUUCUGCAAAUACAA